GGAGAGAAUGAUAACUCCAUGAAAAGGGCAGAAUGAUGGUUCAAUACUGGCCCAUCUGUACCAUGAUAUGGUAGUUGCUGCUGCUGAGGCAACAAUCCUGGGGGGAAAGAAAGACCUGCUGAAUUUCAGUGGGGUUACUUUUCCAUUGAGAACUGAGCUCACUGAGGCUAGAAGAUCCCCCGUCUUUCGUCGCUCAAAUUUUCGGAUCUCAAAACCUUUUGAUGUCGGUUUUGUUUUAAUAGAUUCUAUCACAGGUGAUGAUUUACAGCCUGAAUUUUAUCAGCUCUGCGUUCAGUGGACACCUUGGCAAAUAUGAAUUGGGCGCUGUGUCACUCGCAACAUCGGUGGUGAGCGUGACGGGUGUGGCUGUAGGGACGGGUCUGUCCAUGGCGUGCGACACUCUGAUAUCUCAGACUUAUGGCAGCAAGAAGCUGCAGCAGAUUGGGGUCAUUCUCCAGAGAGGUAUCCUUAUUCUCCUCAUCUUCUGCUGCCCUUGCUGGGCUCUCUUCAUCAACACGGAAAAAAUCCUUUUGGCGACCAAACAGCACCCAGAGGUGGCCAGGUUAUGCCAGCUUUAUGUGAAGAUAUUUAUCCCUGCUCUUCCUGCAGUUUUCCUAUACCAGCUCCAAGUGCGAUAUCUACAGAAUCAGGGUAUAACUAUACCACAGGUAUUCACUGGACUGGUAGCUAAUGUUCUGAGUGCCCUGGUAAACUACAUUUUCCUGAUCGUGUUGAAACUUGGAGUGGCAGGGUCUGCUUGGGCCAACGUGAUCUCGCAGUACAGUCAGAACAUCAUCCUCUUCGUGUACAUUCGCUGGAGGAAGCUGCACCUCCAAACCUGGGGAGGAUGGACGAUGGACUCUCUUCAGGAGUGGGGGCCUUUCUUGCGAUUGGCCAUUCCCAGCAUGUUCAUGUUUUGUAUCGAGCUCUGGGCCUAUGAAAUGGGAUCGUUCCUGGCAGGCCUCAUAAAUCAAGUGGAACUUGGUGCUCAGUCGAUCAUUUUCCAGGUGUUGACAGUUUUAUACAUGACGCAUGUUGGGAUUGGAAUGGCAGCUGGGGUCCGUGUGGGCAUGGCUCUUGGAGGAGGGGAUCCACAACAAGCUAAGGUCUCGGCAAUGACUGCUAUCGUUUGUGCUGGUUGCGUUGCCUUGUUCCUCAUGACCUUACUUCUGGGGCUUAAGGACCUCGUAGCCAAAGUCUUCACCAGUGACCGGCAAAUUGUUGACCUGGUUUCCAGGACAAUACCAAUCGUGGCUCCUGUUCACCUGUCUGAUGCUAUCGGCUCGGGGGUAGCCAGCGGGAUUGUCAGAGGAGCUGGGAAACAGAAGAUUGGAGCAGUUGCCAAUCUCGUUGUGUUCUACAUUGUUGGAAUCCCUGUCGGAAUCUCGUUGAUGUUUAUCGCAAAGCUUGGAAUUCUGGGACUUUGGACGGGAUUGGCUGUUGGUACCUUCCUGCUGUCCUCCGUCCUCUUGACGUUGAUCUUUAGGAUGAACUGGGCCACAGCUGCAGAAGAGGCUCAAGAGAGAACAGGAUUGAGGAGGGGAACUGGGCCCAGCACAGUUGGCUUGAGCUUUGAUCUUGCAGAAGAUGGCGCCUCAGCAUUGUCACAGGGCCAGGAGGAACCACAUCAGCUGGAACACACCACAUUGAUAGCAAAUACCCUAACAGCUGGUAUCUUGUCGCCUGCCCAACUGGUCAUUCGCCGUGGUCUUGCCGUUGUAGCAGGAUUGGUAGUUCUGGCCAUUGGGAUCACUGUCCACUUCACUGUUUAGCGGUAACUUUACAGGAACAUCCACUGAAGGCUUCCCUUCUUGCAGCGGACACCAAGGAGUGAAAUAAAUACAAAGGACUCUGGAAAUCUGAAACAAAAAUGGAGUGUUGGAGAAGCACAGCAUCUGUGGAGAGAAAAACGGCAAAACUUUCAAAAGGGUCACUGGACUUGCAACAUUAACUCUGCCUCGCCUCCCCUCCCCACAGACGCUGCCAGACCCACUGAGUUUCUCCAGCAAUCCCUGUUUAUGAUUGCAUUUCCCUGCACAUAAGCUGACGUUUUCCCAGCCACCAUCAGUUCUGAGGAAGGGUCACCAGUGACCCGAAACGUUAACUCUGUUUUCUCCUCCACAGAUGCUGCCAGACCUGCUGAGCUUUUCCAGCAACUUUGUUUUUGUUCCUGUUUUUGAUUGACUGAGAGUGAAAAUCUUUCUCUACAACGGGACUAGUCAUUCCCCCCACAUCUGUGAGGGUUCUGUUCCUGAAAAUUCCUGCGAAGGAUGAAAUUCACGAAUGUGGAGCUUGUUAAAAAUUGGGGAUAAGUGAUUUUUUUGCCUGCGGGUGUUGAAUUUUGUUUUGUCACGGAUAGGCGAAUUUGCGUUUCACGAUUUUGUGGAUGCAGAGGAUUUACUGUAUGUCUCACACCUUCCCCUGUUGCAUUCCUGAAACCCACCUGGUUGUUGCUUUAUUGAACUCAAUAGAAUGUUCGUUGUUGAGACAGCAGCGGAGAGGGGUAGGGGAGUGAUUUAUAAAUGUAGGUGUAAAUCUCUCUGAAAGGUUACUGUCCUAGUGGGAAAUGAAACCCACCGAGUUCUCUAAAACCACCCAACCAUUGGGCCCAGUUCAAAUGGCUCUGCAUCCAAUUCAAAGAGGGGAUAGUGAUGUAAUUUUGGCACCAGACUUAUAGGGUGGUAGGGGGGAGGUGUGUGGAUACUUUUAUCUUUAUAGCAACCCACAGAGAAACUUUCAAUCCCAUUAAUCACUUACGUAAAUGAUUUGGAUGUGAACAGAGGAGGUACGGUUAGUAAGUUUGCAGAUGACACCAAAAUUGAUGGUGUAGUGGACAGUGAAGAAGGUUACCUCAGAGUACAAUGGGAUCUUGAACAUAUGGGCCAAUGGGCCGAGGAGUGGCAGAUGGAGUUUAAUUUAGAUAAAUGUGAGGCGCUGCAGUUUGGAAAGGCAAAUCAGGGCAGGACUUAUACAAUUAAUCGUAAGGUCCUGGCAGUGUUGCUGAACAAAAAGACCUUGGAGUGCAGGUUCAUAGUUCUUUGAAAGUGGAGUCACAGGUAGACAGGAUAGUAAUGAAGCUUGCGUUUAUUGGUCAGUGCAUUGAGUAAAGGAGUUGGGAGGUCAUGUUGUGCAUGUACAGGACAUUGGUUAGGCCACUUUUGGAAUACUGCGUGCAAUUCUGGUCUCCCUGCUAUAAGACGGAUGUUGUGGAACUUGAAAGAUUUACAAGGAUGUUGCCAGGGGGUGGAGGGCUUGAGCUAUAGGGAGAAGCUGAAUAGACUGGGGCUAUUUUCCCUGGAAUGUUGGAGGUCGAGGGGUGACCUUAUAGCGAUUUAUAAAAUCAUGAGGGGCAUGGAUAGGGUGAAUAGACAAGGUCUUUUCCCAGGUGUGGGGUAGUCAGAAACUAGAGGGCAUAGGUUUAAGAUGAGAAGAGAAACAUUUAAAAGGAACCCAAGGGGCAACUUUUUCAUGCAGAGGGUGGUGUGUGUAUGGAAUGAGUUUCCAGAGGAGGUGGUGGAGGCUGGUACAAUUACAACAUUUAAAAGGCAUCUGGAUGGGUAUAUGAAUAGGAAGGGUUUAGAGGGAUAUGAGCCAAAUGCUGGUAAAUGGGACUAGAUUUAUUAGGAUAUCUGGUCGGCAUGGACCAGUUGGACCAAAGGGUCUAUUUCUGUGCUGUACAACUCUAUGACUCUAUUCUAUGUUGGAUUUGAGUUCAAGCCCCUGAGAUGAAAGACAGGUGAUUAAUGCAUGGCAGUACCCAGUCAGCUUUCCUUCUUCUCUCAGUUAUGCGUGUAGUUAAUUUAUAUUUAACGUGUUAGAGAUAUUCGUGUAUUCAACCAAUAAAUUGAAGAGUAAAAAUU